UGGCAUGUUAUGUGUCAACUUUUGAUUUGCCCCAAACUCAACCAUAGAAGACCCAACUCCCUUCUCACGUUAUUAUGGGUGCAUUUGAGGAUUUGAAUUGUGGGUCUCUAUCAUUUCUAUGUUACUCAGUUUCUUAAUUGAAAGAUAUAUUCUUUUCUUUGAUUCUUUGCUAUGUUAAUAAUUUCAGUCCGAGCAUGAUGGGUCAGAUGUACAAGUGCACCUAAAUGUUGAACAUCAUUAUGAAGCAGAUGUAAUCCCCAACAUGUCAAGGUCACCUAGGGUAAAGUACAUAACCUAUUAUGAAGACUCUGACAGUCUUCCUGGAAAGAGAACAGCAGUUUGGGAGCUUGACAAGGCAAAUCACAGGCACAUUGUUAGAUCUCCAGUUCUAAUGCGAGAAUUGUGGCUUGAGAUGUGGCAUGAUAGCCAUCCUGAUUCAAAAUCAAAAUUUGUUACAAAAGCUAAGUGUAGACCUUUGAGGGAAGAGGACUGUUAUUGGGAUUAUGGAAAAGCUCGUUGUGCAUGGCCUGAGCAUUGUGAAUAUAGAUACGUUUUUGGAGAUGUUCACCUUGGGCAGAGCUGUAGAUUGAGGAAUUCUUCAGCUGAUCUCCUCUUGCAUUACUUAUAAAAUAUGAGGACUCUUCAGAUGUUUCUUCAAGAGCUGGCAUCUCACCACCAUUUUGUUUCCAUAGUUGCAGACAUGUUG